AACGCAACGCUAUACAUAUACCGCGUAAGUCUGAUUAUCAUCUACAGCCACCGCAAUUCAACACCUACCUACGUUGAGAACACUUCAAUUCACUUGAGACUCAGACUACGAUGGAUGCGAUUCUUCCGAUUACGGUGUUAUCGGUUGUUCUCGGAGCUCUGAUCGCUCUCGUAGUGUUCGGAAACUACUUCCGCAAGAGAAAAUCAGAGGUCGAAUCGAUCGCCAAGACUGAGGCACUCCACGCGAAUCAAAAAAAUCCGAAGCCUCCGCAACAAAGCUCGAAGAAAUCUCACCCUAAGGCUCACUCUCAUGCCGCUGAUAAGGACUUGAACAAGCGGCAUCAUCCGCUGGAUUUGAAUACUUUGAAAGGUCAUGGUGAUUCUGUCACGGGUCUAUGUUUCUCAUCUGAUGGACGUAGUUUGGCAACUGCUUGUGGUGAUGGAGUGGUCAGGGUAUUCAAGAUGGAGGAUGCUUCAAGUAAAAGCUUUAAAUUUCUAAGAAUUAAUUUGCCUGCUGGAGGUCAUCCGAUAGCAGUUGCAUUUGUUGAUGACACAUCUUCUGUAGUUGUGGCUUCGCAAGCACUUUCUGGUUCUUCUUUAUACAUGUAUGGAGAAGAAAAGUCCAAAACUUCUGGUGAAACUGAACAGCAGCCCAAGCUUCCUCAUCCUGAAAUUAAGUGGCAGCAUCAUAAAGUCCACGGUCAAAAGGCUAUAAUCACUCUAGUUGGAACUACAGCAACUUAUGGCAGUGCUGAUGGGAGUACAAUCAUUGCAUCAUGCUCAGAAGGGACCGAUAUCAUACUGUGGCAUGGGAAAACUGGGAAGAUUGUAGGGAAUGUUGAUACAAAUCAGCUCAAAAACACCAUGGCAACGAUAUCUCCAAAUGGGCGUUUUAUUGCUGCUGCAGCUUUUACAGCUGAUGUGAAGAUUUGGGAGAUUGUUUAUUCAAAGGACGGUUCUGUUAAGGAGGUUUCAAGAGUUAUGCAGCUCAAGGGGCACAAGAGUGCUGUGACUUGGUUAUGCUUUGCACCGAAUUCAGAACAAAUCAUUACAGCAUCAAAGGAUGGUUCAAUAAGAAUAUGGAAUAUCAAUGUGCGAUAUCAUCUUGAUGAGGACCCUAAAACCUUGAAGGUGUUUCCUAUUCCACUUCGUGAUUCCAGUGGCACUACUUCGCACUAUGAUCGUCUCAGUAUUUCACCAGAUGGAAGGAUAUUGGCAGCUACUCAUGGUUCAACAUUGCAGUGGUUGUGUGCUGAAACUGGGAAAGUUUUGGACACAGCUGACAAAGCCCACGAUGGUGACAUCACGGACACUUCGUGGGCUCCUCGAUCUAUUCCAAUGGGAGGCAAACAAGUGAUGGUUAUAGCCACAGCCAGCGUUGACAAGAAAGUCAAGUUUUGGUCAGCUCCACCACUACAUUGAUCAAUAAGGAGCGUGCGAGUGCAGCGCCUUUGGUCAUUCGCUGAAGCUCUCAUUCUGUAUGCUAGAGUUUCAAUCAUCAAAUGCCCAAGCUUUCACGUCUGUCUUUGGCAAGAGAGUUGCAUGCACAAGAUUGAUUGGAGUUAGAAUGCGGCUGUUUUUAUGGCACGAUUCAAAUAUGUGCAAAAUUUUCUUGGCUUCCCUCAAAUUGCAUAGCGUGAUCCAACUGAAUCCUUGCUCCUCAACAAAGUUUUGUACACAGAAUUUGACAAUUCUGAGUUAUUUUUCAACUCCUAAUGGGCGCAAAUCAAAAUAUCGGUAAACAGAUAACUUCCCUAUAAUCACUUUUUAUUUUGGCUUACCUUGUCAACUGAUUAUUCACCAUUACAUACAUUAUGUAUUUGCCUCUUUCCUUUUUUCAUUCCAGAGAAUUCUUAAAUAUAGAAAAUAUAUAUAUUUAGUGGUUUAGUUAGAUAUUGCUUGAUACGAGUACAAAUUUGGCUGA